AUGGCGCACGGAGGUUAUGCCAAAAGAAGGGUUUCAGAACCGAAGCAAACGGCCGGAAGCAGCAGCCGGAGGUCGAAAGCUUUACGUGUAGAGAAGAAACCUAAGAUUGUCUCACUCAAGAAUCAGAUGCGUUCCGUCGAACGCUUUCUUCGUAAAGAUUUGCCUGCUGAGGUAAAAGAGUCACUAAAACAGAAGUUGGAAGAUCUGAAGAAGCAGCAAGACGACCAUACUCGUCUUGCUGUAGAACGUAAAAUCUUCCUCAGGAACAGAAAGAUCAAGUUCUUUGAGCGGAGAAAGAUCGAAAGGAGCAUUAGACGUCUUGAGAAGCUACAACGUACUUCAUCUGCCCAUGUGGGAGAUGCUGAUAUAGCUGAGCAACUCAGAAAACUCAAAGAAGACCUUGAAUACGUUCGGUUCUUCCCUAAGAAUGAGAAGUAUGUAUCUCUGUUUACUGGAGCUGAGGACUCGGAAGUGGUUGAGAAAAGAAGUAAAAUGAGGAAGCAGAUCAAAGCCAAUAUCAUUGUUGCUGCUGCUAGUGGGAAAGAGUUGGAAGAGACUGGGAGUGAAGAUGAUGGUCUUCUUGACCUUAGUGAUGAUGAUUUCUUUGAUAAAGGGAGUUCAAGCGAUGAAGCAGACGCAGAUGAUGAAUUGACUGAUAAAAGCACAAAGGAGGCUGCUUCUGGCAAAGCAACAACAUCUGGUGUGUCUAGUGAUGAACGGAACCAGAAGCAAAACUCUGCGAGGGCUUUAAUGCCACCACCACAAGCAAGAUUCGGACCAAAUUCCAGGAAGAGUUUUUCAUCUGUGCAGAGGAAUGAGAUGCCAUGGAGAAACAACACUUCAAACAGAAGAAGCGAGUCUUCGUAUAACGCCAGGCCUGCUGCAGCAACAAACAGAAGAAGCGAGUCUUCUUCGUAUGACGCCAGGCCUGCUGCAGCAACAAACAGAAGAAGUGAGUCUGCUUCGUAUGACGCCAGAGCCGCUGCAGCGACUUCAUAUAGCAGUCAGAGUAGCAACUUGAGCUCUAAUUCUGAUGCUCAUAAACCCAAAAGGAAGAGACGGCCUAAGAAGAAGAAGCAGGUGUGA